AUGAGUUCGGUGCCUGCUUGGAAACGUGCUGGUUUAAGUGUCAAAGCUCAACAACAACAAGAAGAUGACGACUCAUUGACCACUAAAAGAAUUGAAAAUGCCGACUUAACAGUUAAGGAAAUUAAAAAAAUCAGUAAUAAAAGAAAACUUCAAGAUGACACCAAACAUAAAUCUAAAAAACCUCCAAAACGUAUCAAACUACCCAAGAGUGAAAGACCGCCACCUCCGGUAAAAGAUCAGUUGACAUAUCUCAAGCAAUUUGUGGAUGAUAAAGAGAAUUGGAAAUUCAAUAAACUGAAACAAAAUUGGAUUUUGAAGAAUAUCAAGAACAUCCCUGAAGACUAUGAAGGUGCAUUAGUAUCGUACUUGGGUACUCUCCAAGGUGGUUCUCGUGAUCGAAUUAUUCCUGAACUAAAAGAAGUGAUAUCAAAGUGGAACACCCAAUACGAGGAGGCAGAAAGAAAAAUUGAAGAGCAAUUGACUAAAAAAAUAGAAAAUGAAACUGGCAAAGAUACUGAAAACGACAAAAACGAAAAGAAGAAAGAAGAAAAAGAAGAAAAAGAAGAAGCAAAAGAUGCAGUUGACUUGGAGUAUGCACUCAGGUGUAAAGCUAUUCUAUCUAAAUUAAUUGAGGAAGAUAUAGAAGUAAAAGGUCAAUAG